AAAACAAGCUCAUUAGUAUGAUGGUUUAACUCUUCUUAAGACCAAACCUCCCUUCCCAUGGCGUUCAGAACCCAAAUCGAAGCCUUCUCCGUCACCAUCAUUUUAUUUUCCCUCGUCUUGAUUACUAAUUCUGUAUCUUCCCUGCAAAUCCAGACCACUGCUUCGUCAGACCCGAUAACGACGGCGGCUACAGGGCACUGCGGCGGCCGUUGGAUCUACAUCAGGAGCCUCCCUUCACAUUUUAAUCUUGAUCUUCUAUCAAAUUGCUCCGAACACCCACUUUUUGAUAACUUCUGCCCUUGUUUAGCUAACCAUGGCCUUGGUCACAAGACCCACAACAAAUCUCAGAGCUGGUACCGCACCGAUACUUUGAUACUGGAACUCAUCUUCCAUAGGAGGAUCCUCGAAUAUCCAUGUCUCACUGUCGACCCAAAUCUUGCAAAUGCGGUUUACCUCCCUUACUAUGCUGGUUACGGUCCCAAUGUGAAUUCUAGCAUGGAACAUGGUGUUCGAUUGUUUGAAUCCUGCAGUCUGAUGAACCGGAAAUACAGGAACGGUAUAUGGGGCAUGAUCAUUUCUGGUUCAUGGCUAGGCCCGCCUGGGAUUUCCCUUAGCCAUUGAAGAAUUAUCCACCGAUAUGGGGUAAUUCCUUCCUUGAAUUACCGGAGUUCUACAGUGUAACUGC